AUGAGAAAAGACAAAGUUAAGAAUGUCCCAACGAUCGAGGCUAUCCGAUCGAAACUUGGUGUAGGCGUACCUGGCGACGAGGAAAGCAAGAUGUUUCGAAGAGUGGUCAAGGAGUUCCAUCAAGACUACAAGACCGCCUAUGGUACUCCAGGGACUGUAUUUACAAAGUGGACGAAUCCUUCUCAUCAAGACGCUCUUCGGCGAAUGGCAGAAGAGUUCUUGGAGGUGCGUGGUUGGGCAAAGCGAUUUUGGCCAGACACUGCAGGUUCAGGGACUGUCAAAAAGCUCAAAUGGUCGGAGAAUCGCACUCAAAUCAUGAGACACAUGCGUCAAUUGUUUUUCCGCCAUAACCAAAAUCGAAAGGAGCCCGGCUCCACCCCAAUAAAAAGAAAGGCAUCCCGGACGACUUCGUGCCCGAGUCGAACAAUCAGCCCAGGUUCGACCAGGACAACCACGACCCGGACUAGAGACGUUACUAUGAAUGAUGCGAUCGGGCGUCAACACCAAGAUGACCAGGAUGACGAUAUCUUUGGUGCCCCAAAUCCGUAUCGCUUUCCCUCGAGCCCCAUAUCUAUUAGCGAUCAACUUUCCACAACUAGCGACCGUUCCUGCACGAUUUUUGACAUUCCCCAAGAUUCCAACCCUUUAUUAGACCUUCCAAACGAAAGUACAGGUCCAACUUCCAGAACAUUAGCCCCCGUCGCCCGGAUGAGUGAGCGUGCGGUUCAUCAUAGUUCUCCUUUUGGUACAUCAGACAGCGAGCCAGGAAUUAACUCACCUCGUUGGGGUUCUCCAGCUCUAAGCAAGCGGAAGAAACCAGAAUGGCGUUGUAGCCCAGACCUCGGAACCCCUCGACCUCGCAAGACCAUCUCGCCAGGAAAUACUGGGAGCGUUCGGCACAGCUCAAGGCCAAGUUCUACCUCUGAGGAUGUAGCACGCCUAUCUACAGAGGACAGAAUUCUCUCAGGAGAGACUGAUGAGCCGACCAUAACUAUGCCACCGCCUCCCCGUCCACGACCAGUACUACAAACCAACAACCCACAGCGAAGAGUGAAUAUAAAGUACGAAGUAGAAAUAUCUCCUGGGACAUUUCGAAGAUGGGAUCAUCGCGGGGCUUUCAACCACAUGUCGAUGGAGGAGUUUCAAGAUAUUCACGACUUCCAUGACAUUGACUCGGUCCAAUUCAUCCUGAAACGACGUGGGAUGAGCUGGGAUGAUGUAGUGUCCCGAGACAACGAAGAUGGCUUCAAGGAUAUGAGGACAAGGCUCAAGGACAGAAUCAAGGAAGACCUUGCAGAAAUUGGUUUUAGCCAGGACGUUGUUCUUUAUAGCAUUGUUAUUGUCCCUAUUUGGAGGACUUCUGAGACUAAUGAGGACUUCAUCAGGUCACAAACUAUUUUUUUAUAA